UGACGUAUUUGUAUUUGUUGAUUUGAGUUUUUGUUAGUUAUUCGCUCGUAUUUAAUUAAUAUUUUCAUUGUAGAACAUGUAAUAUAUUUAGUUGCAUUAUACAAUAGUAUAAAUUUUUGACCAGAAAUAUGGACGACUGUAGGAUAUGUUUGAAGUGCAUGGGCGAUAAGGAUAUAUUCCAAUUAGAAGCCGAAAAAGUAAACGAAUCUAAGAAUUUCUUGGAACUACUGGUUUUUUGUUUAGAUAUUGUUGUGUCACCAAACUUUAUAUACGGUAGAAAAAUAUGUUCAGAUUGCUACAUAAAAAUAAUUGAAUUUAACAAAUUUAAAACACUUGCUUUAAAAAAUAAUACGUAUUUGCUUAAUUUACAAUUAAACGGCAAUAUAGCAAACGAUGUAUUACUCAAAGAUAGAAUCAAAUGUGAAAAUAAUUUUGAUGAAAUUAGUAAUAACAAUGAAAAUGAUGUUAAAAAUUCCGAAUGUUUCUCGUCCGAUGACGAAUUCCUCAGUGCUAUCAAGCAGAUUAAGUGUGAAAAUAAUUUAGAAGAAACCAAAGAAAAUGACCAUGUUGCAGAGGAAGUAUUCAAAAAGAAAAAAAAGGAAAAUUUAAAAGUUUAUAAAAAAAGGAAUCAAAUCUGCGAACAGUGUGGAAAGACAGUUGUAAAUUUGGAAAAGCAUAGUAGGCUUCAUAAAUCUGUUGAUGAAAGGAAAUGCUUUAAAUGUGAAGAGUGUGAUAAGUCAUUUUCUAGCCUAAGUGCAAGAUACAGGCAUUAUAGAACCAAACAUCUUGGUAUAAAAUCACAUUGUGAUAUUUGUGAUAAAGAUGUUGUGGACCUAAGAUCACAUACAUUGAUGAUGCAUAAUGCUGAAGACAUGCAAUACGUCUGUAUACCCUGCGGCAAACGUUUCAUCAGCCAGUCAGUGUUAGAUCUGCACUCUACGAUACAUACAAAACAACUUGCCUACGCAUGUGAUAUCUGCGACAAGAAGUUCCGUUGUAAGAUUACCAUGAUGUCACAUAAGCGGCAGGUGCAUGACAAAGAGAAGUCACAUCUUUGUCAAUUUUGUUCCAAAGGUUUCUUCAAGAAAUAUCAUUUGCAGGUUCAUUUGAGGAGCCACACAAAGGAAAAGCCCUACCAGUGUCAAGACUGCAAGAAAUAUUUCACGACGCGCAAUUCAUUGAAGACGCAUCAGUUCAUACACACCGGCGUCAAGAUGUUUGCUUGCAGCCUGUGCGAUAUGACGUUCGCCAACCCAGGGUACAUAAGUGCUCACAUGAGAAUUCACACUAAAGAGAAGCGCCACCAGUGCAAGUAUUGCGACGCGCGCUUCGGCCGCUCCGACCACCGCAAACGGCACGAGGUUAACGUCCACGAGCGAAACUACGGCUUAAUAAACAAGAAAUAAAGAUCACAAUCGCUAAGCACAAUAACGAAGCUUCCAACUUAUUGUUAUCUCUCUCGUUCUAUUUGAGAAAAGAGAGAUAGCAUGUUUUUGUACAGGCGUUUAAAUUGUUUUUCAUUCCAAUGGGUUUUAGUCAAUUUUAUGCAACAAAGUUUGUACGGAUUCCGAAUUAAAGCUGCAUAUUUGCGGUAUUAGAAUAGUU